AUGGUCUCCACGCACUGGACUGCGGACGAUGGCUCCUUGGGCUUUUCCUCCUGGUCUGAUGCUGUGGUGAUCCGUUCCAAGAGUUUGACGGAGCGGCCAAAGCCAUUGGAGCACGACACGGUGAACCAUGAUGCUUACCGUGUCAGCUUCUUUGUGGCGUGGUAUGAGAAGAAGAAGAAGCUGGGCAAGAGUACGACCGACUUUGAGAAGGGCUCCAGAUGCUUCCGUGUCCGAUACGAAUAUCUGCCUGGCGAAGAGCAGGUCGAGCGGCGGAAAUGGCAACUCUGCCAGGAGGCUUUCACCGGUGCUCAGGUGCAGACGCUGGUUGGUCUGCGACGGGCGCAGGCCGUCCAGGAGGUAGAACGCCUCCUGCAGAAAAACGGCAAAGCCGCUAGCGCGGCCGACCUCGAGGGCUGGUUCAAAAAUGGUCUUUUGACUCUGACUAUGAGUGAGAAGACGAUUAGAGCGAUGCUUCGCAUUGCCAGGCGGUUUGGGAGUGUCAUGCCGGACGGCCCGCUCAUCAUUGCUGAGCUGGACUCCAAGUUCCAGAGUGAUCACUGUUUGGCUGGGCAUACCAACUUGGACCUUUUAUGCUCGCGCACUUCCAUACCGAAGAACCAGCCGCUUGAGAAUGCCCGCAUGAUGUGGGUCUUGGAAGCUUUGAGAGAGGACAUUUGCAAGGGUGCGCUGGACCACAAUGUGGGGGGAACUCUGCUUGGGUCUAUCAUCUCCAUGUACCUCCUCAAGCGAAGGGUGAUCCUGCACCAGGUGAAAAAGUUCGGCGCCGCGCACCCUGACUUCGGCAAAACUUUCGAGAGCAUGCAGAGCUUCAAGAAGUCCGGUCUAGAUGUGCAGCAGGCUUCGUGCAUGGAGUGGCUGAGACAGGCUCCGGACUACGUGGUGGAGUCCGUGACGUUUUCGGUGAAGGUCUUGAAAGGGCACAAGGCCAUGGACGAGCUCUUCCUCAAAUUGGCCACUUCUGACCCCAAGAUGUCACCUGAGGGCGCCUUGCUGGAGUUGGAGAAAGCCGGCCUGCAUGAUCACCGUGCUGUGGUCGGACUUAUGGAGGAUGCAAAGCAUCCGCCGGUCUCCGAGGAGGCUGCGCCAACGGAGGUGUCCCCGCCGGAAGUGUCCGCACCUGACGUUCCUGAAGACAUGCCGGAGGACAUGGGCGAGCAAGCUGCAGACAACAAGGCCGAUGCAGCGGAGACGAAGGGCGUGGACCGUUUGCAAGCCUUCCCCCACCUCAAGCACCACAUGUCUGAUCUGCUGCAUGACAUCAUCUACAAAAACCCGGACGACAGCAAGUUCUCCUCUGUCCUGGACGAUGCCAUCAUCAGGAGAAACACUUACGUGCAGCUCCACGUCACGCCGGAGGAUUCCUCUGAGUGGCAAAUGCUGCUGAAAGGUCUCCGUCUGCCCGACCAGGGCCGGCUGCACAAGAUCGACGCGAAAGCCAUGCAUCAGGGACCCGCCCCGGGGGGCAGGUUCAUCGGUGCAGGGCGGUCUCUCACCACGGUGUUUGGGGAUCUGGGACCUGGGACACAGGGCAUUGUCUCGGAGACCGACUUAGUCUUGAUCUUCGAUGGACGGGUGCCGCGGAAUCAGUCGAGCAUCACCCGAGAGCUCAGCAAGGGAGUUCGACGGCCGCCGGAUGUCCAAGUCGUGCAGUGGCCGCUGGAGAACGUCUCCAUGGUCUGGACCAGCAAUGUCGGUCUGGAACUUCGGGAGAGGAAGUUCGUAGACUUGCCGGGCAGCAACAAAGCCAGAGGGUGGGCGGGGCAGUCCAUCAAGGGCGACGAGGACUACUUGGUCUCGCUUUUGCCGCGGGAGUGUCUUCAGGCUAUGGCUGACGGCAAAGAUGCUCCCAAGGCUCCGCAUUCGGACAGUGAGGAGGAGUCUGCCCCAGAAGACAAGGACAAGGACACAGCAGAGGUCUCCUCGGUGCUACCCCUUCAUCCCUGGGAAUCCACUGAGGAGCAGGCUCGCGAGAUCUUCCAUUGCUUCUUGCCCAACAAGGCCUCGGUCGUCAUCGCUGCUCGGCUUAUGAAUGACUACUUUGCCGGUCUGGUCUCCGCAGUGGCCUGUGCACGUGACAAGAUCCGCUACGUCGGAUUCGUCAAGAACCAGACGUCACUGUGCGUGUUGUCGGAGAUGAUCCUGCUCAGGAUUGUCCUUGAGAUGGUGCAAGACCGUUCUGAUGGCUUCAGGAGGGCCACCCGCCAUCUGAGCAAGUCGCUAAGCCUGAGAGGUGAGUCGGCUCCUUCGGCAAGUUUCCACAGCCCUUUCUCGGCGGGCUCGCCAAAGUUGGAGAAGGAGGAGGAUCAGGAACGUCUCUCUGAUAGUGAGAAGUCUGGUGCCGCCGAAGACUGA